AUCCCUCCAAUAUGGAAGAACAUGAAGCUCCGCCACCACUACUGCCACCGCAGGCGAAGCCUACGAACCCAACUUAUCUUUUUGCACCUAUUCAACCGACCCUUCUCCCAAACACGAAUUUGGAAGGCUUAAUUUCCUGUAAUUCUAAUCAAAAUCAUAUGUUGGAACGAAAUACUGCUGAAACAUCAGAUAAAAGUAUCACCAAAUUUGCUGAUGAAGAAAAUAUUGAGGAUAAAAGAAGAUGUGGAAGAGGCAGAAAGAGAAAAUCCACCAUUCCAAGAUUUGCCUUUCAAACCAAGAGUGAAGAAGAUAUACUUGAUGAUGGCUAUCGUUGGAGAAAAUAUGGCCAAAAGUCUGUCAAAAAUAGCAAGUUUCCAAGGAGUUACUAUCGAUGCACACAUCACACGUGUAGCGUGAAGAAACAAGUCCAAAGGCUAACCAAGGACAAGAGCAUUGUUGUGACAACGUACGAGGGAAUCCAUAACCAUCCAUAUGAGAAGCUGAUGGAAACUCUGAAUCCUCUUCUCAAACAAAUACAGCUCCUCACCAAUAGGCUCUAGUCGACAUUCGUGUCAAGUACAAUGCUCAAAAUCUACCCGUGUAACAUAAGUAUUAAAUAACGUAGUAUGUAAUCAACUUCACCUUAUAUGCUUUUGUAAUAUAGUUUCUAAUGAUAUUUGUAAUUAAA